AAGUGGAGUGCUGUUUACUCGCUCAUUUAUAAUAAGGACUCAUCGGUAUCGCUGUGGCUAGCCUGGCAGUAGGUUGUUUUUCCUUGAUAGCCGGGGUUCCCACUCGUCACUGCUGAACUCCGUCACUGCAAAAUCGAUCACCGCAGCGGCUCAUUAGACGCACGAUGGACCAACAGGACCAGUCCUAUAUGUUUGCCAGUCUCACGCGGCCGCAUUCUGAACAACUGCUGCAAGGCCUCCAGCUCUUGCGGCAGGAUCACGAACUAUGUGACAUUGUGCUCCGGGUGGGUGACGCCAAGAUCCAUGCCCACAAAGUAGUACUGGCCAGCAUCAGUCCCUACUUCAAGGCUAUGUUCACAGGUAACCUGUCAGAAAAGGAGACAGCUGAGGUUGAAUUCCAGUGUAUUGAUGAGACUGCCUUGCAGGCCAUCGUAGAGUAUGCUUACACUGGCACAGUGUUCAUCUCCCAGGAAACGGUGGAAUCUUUGCUCCCGGCAGCUAACUUACUCCAGGUCAAGCUAGUACUAAAGGAGUGUUGUUCCUUCCUGGAGAGCCAGCUGGAUGCUGGGAACUGUAUCGGAAUCUCUCGCUUUGCAGAGACGUAUGGCUGCCAUGAUCUGUGCCUGGCUGCAACAAAGUUCAUCUGUGAGAAUUUUGAGGAAGUCUGUCAGACUGAAGAGUUUUUUGAACUGACGAGGGCAGAGUUGGAUGAAAUUGUGUCCAACGAUUGCCUUAAGGUGGUAACGGAAGAGACUGUAUUUUACGCCUUGGAGUCGUGGAUUAAAUAUGAUGUAACGGAACGACAGCAGCAUUUGGCUCAGCUGCUGCACUGUGUACGCCUUCCACUCCUCAGCGUCAAAUUUCUCACUCGUUUAUAUGAAGCCAACCAUCUCAUACGAGAUGACCACGCAUGCAAGCAUUUGCUUAAUGAGGCCCUCAAAUAUCAUUUUAUGCCUGAGCAUAGACUUUCCUAUCAGACUGUGUUGUCUGCAAGACCAAGGUGUGCCCCAAAGGUGCUGCUGGCAGUAGGAGGCAAGGCUGGACUAUUCGCCACAUUAGAAAGCAUGGAGAUGUAUUUCCCUCAGACAGAUUCAUGGAUAGGACUAGCACCUCUCAGUGUUCCCAGAUAUGAGUUUGGCGUGGCAGUGCUGGACCACAAGGUGUACGUGGUGGGAGGCAUCGCCACACACAUGAGACAGGGCAUUAGUUAUAGGAGGCACGAAAGCACAGUGGAGAGCUGGGACCCUGAAAGUAACACCUGGUCUUCGGUAGAGCAUAUGGCCGAGUGUCGCAGCACACUUGGGGUGGUGGUCCUGGCUGGAGAGCUGUAUGCACUGGGGGGCUACGAUGGCCAAUAUUACCUCCAGUCAGGAGAAAAAUACGUCCCCAAAUUGAAGGAGUGGCAGCCUGUGGCACCAAUGACCAAGUCCCGCAGCUGCUUUGCCACCGCUGUACUGGAUGGCAUGGUUUAUGCCAUUGGAGGAUAUGGACCGGCUCAUAUGAACAGUGUGGAGCGGUACGACCCUAGCAAAGAUGCCUGGGAAAUGGUAGCCCCCAUGGCAGACAAGAGGAUCAAUUUUGGUGUUGGCGUCAUGCUUGGCUUCAUAUUCGUGGUGGGAGGACACAAUGGAGUCUCUCACCUCUCCAGCAUCGAGAGGUAUGAUCCACACCAGAACCAGUGGACGGCCUGUCGACCAAUGAAUGAUCCACGCACCGGUGUGGGUUCUGCUAUAGUGGACAAUUACCUCUAUGUUGUGGGAGGUCACUCAGGAUCAUCUUACCUGAACACUGUCCAACGCUAUGAUCCCAUCUCAGACAGCUGGUUGGACUCCAGCGGCAUGAUUUAUUGCCGCUGUAACUUUGGUCUGACUUCCCUUUGACCCAUGGCCCAGCCAGCAAGCACCUAAUGAGUCAACUUGAACACAAAGAUGCCCCCCAAAAACAAACAAAAAAAAAUAAUUGAAUCUUUUUCCGCCCCAACAUUUUUUUCAUUGUCUAGGUGCGAAGGAUUGCCAAACACCAGCAUGAGCAGCAAAGGACAAGAAGCCUGCUGGCUGGGUGGCUGGAUGGAUAGAUCGAUGUGAUAGGCUAGCUUGCUGGCUGAUCAGUGGGCCACUGGGGGGGUUUGUCUACAGAGAAGAUGGAGCCCUGCCCUCUUGUGCUGCUGCGAUGGCCAUGAGGACACAUCUGCUCUGUCUGCUGGACCACAAUGAAGACUAGGAGCCAUUUCUCAGAGGAUUACGAGGAAAAAUUGUUACGUUUUGUUUCAAAAUUCCUGUACUUUAGCAACUACCCCCCCCCCCCCCCCCCGUUAGCCACUGAUCAGUUCAAUCUUUUUUUCUAAUUUCCCCUGCUGCAACAAGGACCAUGUGUUCGACUGCUGCAGAACAGUAGUUUGUGUAGUCAUGAAUGUUUGUUGACUACGUAGAUGUGUGUCCGUGUGUGUGUCCGUGUGUAUGCUUAAGGGGUAUCUGCAUGUCGGAUAGGAUUGUUUUUGGUCUAGCGUCUGCACGGAGAACUCAUGCUCGUGCUUGCUGACACGAGGUUCUGCAUCAGAAUAUGUGCUUCACAAAAAUAGGAAUUUAACUCUUUCUAUUUUCUCAACAAGGGCUGCGUUUCUCUCACGUGUAAAUAGUCUAAAUUAAAUAUAUAGAUAUGAAUAUAUCCUGAGUGCAUUGCCUGUAAAUGUUUUACCACACUGGGUCACUUGUGUGUAUGCGUGUGCGGAGGUGUUAUGCGUCUCCAUUCUCUGUACCCCUUGCCCCCUUGCAUCUUUAAAGGCACGUUGUGCUCUUGCUUCUCUUCCUUUUGUUGAACCUGACCCUCUGUGCAUCCUUUGGUCUGUCUGCAAUGCCAACUGGUGCUAUAUUUAGGAUUCAAUGCGGGUCUGUGUUUGCCUCGCACAACUGGGUCAAUCUCUGUCUGCUCCUUAUAACGGUCUUAGGUGUUCAUCUUUUAAAGCACAUGCACCCACUCAUACAAAGAGCACUCAAAAAGAAUCCCACCCAUUCCCACUCUGUUUUUUUUUCAGACAGCAGUCACUCCAAAGAAGACACUUUGUCACGUUAUCCCACCCGCAGGUUAAAAUGCAUUCCCCAUUCAAACAACACUUUGGUCACAAAUCCUGCAAUGCUCCGAAGCAUCUUUCCUUCCCUCAAUUGGAGCCGUCAUUCCGCAUGUGCCGCAAAUUCAAAUUCUUUUUCUUUAUCGUGGCAUUACAUCAUGCUGUCAAACCGCUGUGUGAAGGUGUCUUCACCCACCGUCCGGCACAGCAAAAUAAUGGAAGUGUUGUUUAUAUUUAAGACAAACUUUGAACACUUUGUUUGCAAGGUCCGAGUUGCACUUAACUUCCCACUUUCCCCCCUUCCCCCAAACAAGAGACAACAACUUGAUUUCAUAUUGUAAGAUGUGCAUAUAUGCAUUUAGGAUAAUGGCAUUUACAUUGUGCCAUAAAAAAUGUUAUGUUUUGCGUCUUUUAAAAGCCAAGGCAAUCUUGUUAUUGCUGUUAAGGAGCAUGUGUUGAUUCAACACUUGUGGCUGUUAACGUCGGAUCAAAUGCCACUUAAAGAUGUAAGCUUCAUUUUGAUGUGCAUGCUUGUUCAUUCCAUUCAUGUUUUCUUUUAAGGUACAGGUAGAUUCAAACACACUAUUUCAGGUACAGUAUACAAGAAUAGCAACUUUUUUGUUGUUUUUGUUCUUUUUGCAUAGUCGUUACAUAUAACGAGCCAGGAGAUGCACUCUUCCACAUAGCCCUUGAUGUGGUAAAUUACUGUAAACCAUUUUCCUAAUUAUAAUGUGAGAGGUUUGAAUUAGGUCCACUGCAAAUUUCACAAGGGUUGAUGUAGUUUGAAAGUACUUUUCUUUGAAUUUUCAAACAUGGUAUAUUUUAGAAAGAGAGAAAUCGAUACUUGAUUCAAGAUUUAUAUUGUUUCAUGUCCUGUAACCUUGUUUUGUCAAGUUUUGAGUUUUUUUUUUUGGUCAACUUCCUUCCAGAAUGGCCAGCACAAAUUACGCAGGCGUAAUUAUGAGCUGACACCAUAAUGUCUGUUAAACAUAUAUUUUUUUUGUUUUUUUAAAUAAGUGUACGCAAACUGUCUUUGGAAUGAGGCUGAGAGUAAAUCUGCAAACGUGAAUCUGCAAAAAGUAAAAGGAUGUUCAACCUGAGUUUGUACACUUGUGGCCUAACUAAUGUCAUUGCCACCGCUCUCACCAAAGUGCUUGUUCAAAGAAAUCUGAUGGACGACCACUCGUAUGUUUGUGUUUGAAAGGAAAUCCCUUUGAAACUGAUGUCAAUGUUAGCCAGACGACCACUCUGUUUCUUUUUGUCAAUGUCUCAUCGUGUGACUGGGAGUGAUGAUGUUGAACUUCACUCUCCUGUGGAUUGAAACUGGAAAUACAAGCUAUUCUUAGCAACAGUAGCCUUCCACUUUUGAUUGAAAUCCAUUUGACAUACAUUGUAGUCAGUCUGUGAGAUGCAGUUGUACCCAGUUUUAAAAUAAAUGCCUGCCUUGAAAGGUA